AUGGGGAAAUCCGAGCCCACAAUCGCUAAUUCAAGUAAAAUUAGAUUCGAAGAUAGUGAUGACCAUAUAACUUCAUCUGAAGAUGAAGAUGAGCGUGAAAUAGAGAGGGAACUUGCUGAGGUGACAUUUGAGGAGCUCCAAAGAGCUAAAGCUGAUGGCUCGGAGAUGGUUUACAGGAGGCCCAAUACGGAGAAAAAAAGCAGUCGAGCAAAUAAGAACAGACCAAUGGAGAUGAGUAGCAAGAAGCCCGUCAGCAGAUUUAGAGAAGUUAUUCAAGUUCCUAAGAAGGUGGUACGGGAUCCUCGAUUUGAAUCGUUAUGUGGCACACUCGAUGUGGACGGGUUCAAGAAGAGAUAUAACUUUAUUUAUGAUGAAGCACUUCCUGCUGAGAAAGAGGAACUGAAGAAACAGAUGAAGAAAGCAAAUGAUCCAGAGGCCAUAAGUGAACUGAAGGAUCGACUGGCUCAUAUUGAUAAAGAAUUGAAAUCUGCUGUAACAAAGCGUACCGAGAAGAAUAUCUUGGCUGAGCAUAAGAAGAAAGAGAGAGAAGCUGCAAAGAAAGGGAAACAACCUUACUAUCUGAAAAAAUCCGAACUUCGGAAGCAACAGCUUAUCGAGAAAUACAAGGAACUCAAGGAGUCUGGCAAAGUCGAGUCUUUUAUCGAGAAAAAGAGAAGGAAGAACGCCGCCAAGGACCACAGAUACAUUCCAUAUCGACGCCAGACAGAGAAAGGAAGCCAGCAAUAG